UUCAGCUAAUACGAUUAAAUAGAUCUACGUUAUUUGCUGUCCUGUAAUCCGUCUUUACUACCAGGAGGUCUGGUCAGUUAACCAACAUAACGGUUAAGGCGCAGGCAUAGCAUCUACAACUAAAGAGAGAAGAGGAAGUUAACUAGCGACGAGGCUAGCUAGCUGAUUUAGCAACUAAUUGGUCGUCCCAGCUUUAUAACGUUAAUGUCACUUCCUGGCCCGAGGAGUUCAAUAAAUCACACCAUGCUGCCUGACAAGGAUGGUCCAGGUGCUGGAGGCGGACACAUCUCUGCUGGGGGAGAGGAUCUCUCUGUGAGUCUGUUCAGAGAGUACCUCCGUGUCAAAACUGUGCACCCAGAGCCUGAUUAUGACGCUGCUCUUUGUUUCCUGGACAGAAUAGCAGAGGAGCUUGAGCUACCUAUGAGAAAGAUCGAGGUUUGGCCAGGCAGAGUUGUGACCAUCAUGACGUGGGAAGGGACCAACCCGACCUUAAAAUCCAUUUUACUGAAUUCCCACACAGACGUCGUACCUGUUUUCCAGGAACAUUGGAAAUACGAUGCUUUCAGUGCUUUCAAAGAUGCAGAGGGCAACAUUUUUGCCCGGGGAUCACAGGACAUGAAAUGUGUAACUAUACAGUACAUCCAGGCAGUCAGAAGACUGAAGGCAGAGGGACGGAAACUGAUGCGCACUGUGCACUUAAUGUUUGUUCCUGAUGAAGAAGUUGGAGGUCACAAGGGAAUGGAAACAUUUGUGAAGCAUCCGGAGUUCCAAAAAUUGAACAUUGGCUUUGCGCUUGAUGAAGGUCUGGCAAACCCUGGCGAGGCCUUCACUGUGUUUUAUGGAGAGAGGAACCCCUGGUGGAUUACAGUCCACUGCUCAGGCAGUCCGGGUCAUGGGUCUAGGUUUGUGGAGAACACAGCUGCUGAGAAGAUGCGCCAAGUCAUAAACUCCUUCCUGGACUUCAGAGAGAAGGAGAAACACAGGCUAAAUACCAGUGAGUGUUUCACGCUUGGUGAUGUCACCACUGUCAAUAUGACCAUGGUCAAAGGAGGCGUGGCCUACAACGUCAUCCCAGCUGAAAUGGACGUCAGUUUUGACCUAAGAAUACCACCGAAAGUAAAUCUACAGGAGUUUGAAAGACAGAUCAAAGAGUGGUGUAAAGAAGCAGGAGAAGAUGUCACUUACGAAUUUGCUCAGAAACAUAUGAACCAAACAGUGACUUCUACAGCGGAGAAUGAUCCUUGGUGGAACGCCUUCACUGCAGCCUGCAAUGCAAUGAACUUGACUCUGGAAAAGGAGAUAUUUCCAGCUGCCACAGACAGCCGUUUCAUCCGAGCCGUGGGCAUCCCUGCUAUCGGCUUCUCACCGAUGAACCGGACACCGAUCCUGCUGCACGAUCACAACGAGUACCUGAAUGAGCGAGUCUUCCUGAAAGGCAUCAGCGUGUUCGAGAGGCUCAUCUCAGCUCUUGCUAGUGUUCCUGCCUUUCCUGAAGAGGCUUAGAGGAGUCUUAAUAGUAAUCCUCUCUAAAAACCUAUUUCGCUGAUGAUCUGAAUAUUUAACUUGAAAUUUUUGCAGAGAUUACCAAAGAAUAAUAACACGCAUAUCAUUACGCCAACCUGAGCACUUAGCCUUUGGUACAAUUGAUUAUUUGUUUUUGAUGAUUCUCAGGAUAUAGGCACAGUCGGCUUUGCAUUACAGUUUUUUAACAUACUUACUUUAUGUCAACAUUGGUGAUUGAGUUUGCCUCUGUGUGUGUGUGUGUGUGUGUGUGUACACAGUCUUAAAGAUAUAUCACCUGUUGUGUAUACAAUGGUUUCCAUUCGUAUGGAAAAACUAAGAACUUACUAAAAUAUGAAGAUGACUUUGAUUAAACAUCAUUUAAUUGCCACUUUUUAAAUUUAGCUUGAUUUAUUUUAAAACUAUGAUUCCACAUAUAUCAUUUUAUUUAAUAAACUGGAAUUUAAUUCA